AUGAAGUUUCUUCCCAUUAGCUUUCUCAUAUUGGCUUUAGCAACUGCCGCCGCUUUAGCUUACGACCCGAGUCCUCUUCAGGACAUAUGCGUGGCAACCAGUGAUAUGGAAUCUGGAGGACUCAACACUCUUGGAAUAUCCAUGGUUCGCAUUGACUUCGCUCCUGGCGGCCUAAAUCCUCCCCACACUCACCCUCGUGGCACCGAGGUUUUGGUAGUGGUGGAGGGUACGCUACUUGUUGGCUUUGUCACGUCCAAUCAAUUAAACAACACACUCUUCACCAAAGUCCUGUACAAGGGGGACGUGUUUGUGUUCCCUAUUGGUCUCAUUCACUUCCAGUUGAAUAUCGGAAACACGUAUGCGCUAGCCUUUUCCGGUCUUAGCAGCCAGAACCCAGGAGUCAUUACCAUUGCUAAUGCUGUCUUCGGAGCGAAGCCACCCAUUUCUGCUGAUGUUCUUACCAAGGCCUUCCAAGUGGACAAGAAGGUUGUUGACUAUCUCCGGGCGCAAUUUUGGUACGACAACAACUAA